AUGCGCCUCACCUGCUAUCCUCUUCCGUCUCACCUGCUAUCCUCUUCCCCCUCACCUGCCAUCCUCUUCCCCCUCACCUGCUAUCCUCUUUCGCCUCAGCUGCUAUCCUUUUUUCGACUCACCUGCUAUCGUCUUCCACCUCAUCUGCUAUCCUCUUCCGCCUCGCCUGCUAUUCUUUUUCGAUUCACCUGCUAUCGUUUUCCGACUCACCUGCUAUCCUCUUCCGCCUCGCUUGCUAUCGUCUUCCGUCUCACCUGCUAUCCUCUUGCGACUCACCUGCUAUCCUCUUCCGCCUCACUUGAUAUCCUCUUCCGACUCACCUGCUAUCCUCUUCUGACUCACCUGCUAUCCUCUUCCGCCUCACCUCCUAUCCUCUUCCGCCUCACCUGCUAUCCUCUUCCGCCUCACCUGCUAUCCUCUUCCCCUCACCUGCUAUCGUCUUCCCUGCUAUCCUUUUCCGCCUCACCUAUUAUCCUCUUCCACCUCACCUGCUAUCGUCUUCCGACUCACCUGCUAUCCUCUUCCGCCUCACCUGCUAUCGACUUUCGUCUCACCUGCUAUCCUCUUCCGCCACACCUGCUAUCCUCUUCCGCCACACCUGCUAUCGUCUUCCGUCUCACCUGCUAUCCUCUUGCGCCACACCUGCUAUCGUCUUCCGUCUCACCUGCUAUCCUCUUGCGCCACACCUGCUAUCGUCUUCCGACUCACCUGCUAUCCUCUUCCGCCUCACCUGCUAUCGACUUUCGUCUCACCUGCUAUCCUCUUCCGUCUCACCUGCUAUCCUCUUCCGCCUCACCUGCUAUCGUCUUCCGUCUCACCUGCUAUCCUCUUGCGCCACACCUGCUAUCGUCUUCCGACUCACCUGCUAUCCUCUUCCGCCUCACCUGCUAUCGACUUUCGUCUCACCUGCUAUCCUCUUCCGUCUCACCUGCUAUCCUCUUCCGCCUCACCUGCUAUCGUCUUCCGUCUCACCUGCUAUCCUCUUCCGCCUCACCUGCUAUCGUCUUCCGUCUCACCUGCUAUCCUCUUGCGCCACACCUGCUAUCGUCUGCCGUCUCACCUGCUAUUCUCUUCCGUCUCACCUGCUAUCUUCUCCCCCCUCACUUUCUCUACUCUUCCGUCUCUCCUGCUAUCCUCUUCCGUCUCACCUGCUAUCGUCUUCCGACUCACCUGCUAUCGUCAUCCGUCUCAGCUGCUAUCCUCUUCCACCUCACCUGCUAUCCUCUUCCACCUCACCUUCUAUCCUCUUCCCCCUCACUUGCUAUCCUCUUCCGACUCACCUACUAUCCUUUUUCGACUCACCUGCUAUCACCUUCCGUCUCCUCUGCUAUCCUCUUGCACCACACCUGCUAUCCUCUUCCCCCUCACUUGCUAUCCUCUUCCGACUCACCUGCUAUUAUUUUUCGACUAACCUGCUAUCACAUUCCGCCUCACCUGCUAUCCUCUUCCCCCUCACUUGCUCUCCUCUUCCGUCUCACCUGCUAUCCUCUUCAGCCUCACCUGCUAUCGUCUUCCGUCUCACCUGCUAUCCUCUUCCGUCUCACCUGCUAUCCUCUUGUGCCUCACCUGCUAUCGUCUUCCGUCUCACCUGCUAACUUCUUCCGUCUCACCUGCUAUCCUUUUUCGACUCACCUGCUAUCGUCUUCCGACUCACCUGCUAUCGUCUUCCGUCUCACCUGCUAUCGUCAUCCGUCUCACCUGCUAUCCUCUUCCGCCUCACCUGCUAUCCUCUUCCACCUCACCUGCUAA